AUGUCGUCGUCGGAGCCCGAUGCUGAGGGCGCCCUCGGCGGCUCCUCCCCGUCCGCCCGCGUGCUCGCCCGCGCCCUCGACAAGAUCAUCAAGCACUCGUCCUGGCGCCGGCACGCCGCGCUCGUCGCCGCGUCCAAGUCCGCGCUCGACCUCCUCUCCUCCUCCCCGGCUCCUGACGACGGGCCCGACACCUCCUCGCCCUCCCCCGUCCCCGGCCUCCCAGCGCCCGCCGCCGACGCCGCCCUCGCCGCACUUAUCCUCGCGCUUGACCCGGCGUCCCCGAAGGUGGCCGAGCCCGCGCUCGAGUGCGUCGCCGGCCUCCUCUCCCUCCGCCUUCUCCUCGGCGACGUCGACGCCGCCGACCCCUCCCCGGUCUCGAAUCUCUUCGCCGCGGUGCUCUCCUGCGUCUCGCUCGGUGGCGGCGGGGACGAAGCGCUCGAGCUCGCCGUGCUGCGCGUUCUCGUCGCUUUCGCGCGGUGCCCGGGCGUCUCCGUCAGCGGGGAGUGCCUGGGCCAGGUGGUCAAGGCGUGCUACAACGUCUACCUCGGGAGCGCCAGCGGCGGCAACCAGCUCUGUGCCAAACUGGCCCUCGCACAGGUGCUGGUCAUCGUGUUCACGCGCGUCGAGGCCGACGCCAUGGACGUCCGCGUGCGCACUGUCUCCGCUGCCGACAUGAUGGACCUCUCUGACCGCAGCCUCAACGACUCCAGCGUCGUACAGGCGGCUCAGUUUGGUACGCCUGAUAGCCCCGAAGAUCCAAUGCUAUUAAGGGGGAAGGUGUUGUCGCUGGAGCUGGUUAGGAUGGUCAUUGACAAUGCAGGGCCAUUCUGGAAGACGAAUGAAAAGUAUCUUGAAGCAGUUAAGCAGUACCUUUGUUUAUCCUUGUUGAAGAAUAGUGCCUUGUCUGCAAUGAGUGUCUUCCAGUUAUUGUGUUCCAUCUUUAUGAGUCUAAUAUCAAGGUUUAGAUCUGGUUUGAAAGAGGAAAUUGGAAUGUUUUUUCCUAUGCUUAUCUUAAGAGUUCUUGAAAAUGUUCUCCAGCCUAGCUUUUUGCAGAAGAUGACAGUUCUAAACUUUUUGGAGAAGAUAUCUAAAGAACCUCAGGUUGUUAUUGAUAUCUUUGUGAACUUUGAUUGUGAUGUUGAUGCACCAAAUAUUUUUGAAAGGAUUAUCAAUGGACUUCUAAAGACUGCUUUAGGUGUCCCUACUGGAUCUACAACAACAUUAACUGUUGCACAAGACCAAACAUUUAGGAUUGAGUCUGUCAAGUGCCUUGCUACUGUUGUUAAGUCGAUGGGUGCAUGGAUGGACCAACAACUGAGAAUUGGUGAAUUUUCACCAGGCAGUUCUGAAACUCUAAGUUCAGCUGAGAACCAUAAUAUUCAUAAUGGAGAAGAAGGGAGCGGAAUAGAUUAUGAACUGCAGCUUGACACUGGUAGUUCUGACAUAACUGACUCUUCCUCACUUGAGCAACGGCGUGCUUACAAGAUAGAGCUUCAGAAAGGAAUUACCUUGUUCAACAAAAAACCUUCCAAAGGUAUUGAUUUUCUCAUUCGGAGCAAGAAAAUAGGCAAUUCUCCAGAAGAUGUGGCUUCUUUCUUGAGAAAUACUGCUGGAUUAAAUGCAACAAUGAUAGGCGACUAUUUGGGUGAGAGGGAUGACUUUCCCCUCAAAGUAAUGCAUGCUUAUGUGGACGCUUUAAACUUCGAAGGCAUGGACUUUGGUCAAGCAAUUAGGUUCUUCUUGCAAGGUUUCAGGUUACCAGGAGAAGCUCAAAAAAUUGACCGGAUCAUGGAAAAGUUUGCUCAAUGCUACUGUAAAUGCAAUCCAAAUGCUUUUACUAGUGCAGAUACAGCAUAUGUUCUUGCUUAUUCUGUGAUCUUGCUAAACACUGAUGCUCAUAAUCCGACGGUGAAGAACAAGAUGUCUAAGGCAGAUUUUAUGCGCAACAAUCGAGGAAUAGAUGAUGGGAAGGAUUUGCCAGAAGAUUAUUUGAGUACACUGUAUGACCAGAUUGUCAACAAUGAAAUCAAAAUGACUGUUGAUUCUUCAGUUGCACAAACCAAGCAAUCCAAUAGUGUAGGCAGGCUUCUAGGCUUGGACAAUAUUAUCAACUUUGUCAAUUGGAGAUCAGCAGAAGACAAGGCAGUAGGAGCAAAUGACUUGCUCAUUAAGCACAUACAGGAAAAAUUCAAAGCAAAACGUGGGAAAUCAGAGUCCACGUUUUAUGUUGUUGCUGAUGCAACCAUUUUAAGAUUCAUGAUGGAGUCCUGUUGGGCACCUAUGAUGGCUGCAUUCAGUGUGCUCCUUGAUCAGUGUGAUGAUAAGGCUGCUACAUCACAGUGUUUGAAGGGAUUAAGAUUUUCUGUGCACAUCACUUCUGUUAUGUGCAUGCAGACACAGAGGGAUGCUUUCUUAACAUCCAUAGCCAAAUUCACAUCUCUCCAUUCUGCUGCAGACAUGAAGCAAAAAAAUAUUGAUUCUAUGAAGGCUAUAAUAUCUAUCGCAAUCGAAGAUGGCAAUUACUUGCAGGAAGCUUGGGAACAUGUAUUAACUUGUUUAUCACGGUUUGAGCAUUUACAUCUGCUUGGAGAAGGGGUUCCCACUGAUGCAUCCUUUCUGACAGUACCUCUGAUUGAGUCAGAAGAAAAAACUAAGAAGUCUACUUCUGUCCUAUCUUCUAAGAAGACUAAUGCUCUUCAGAAUCCCGCUGUGAUGGCUGCCGUUAGAGGGGGUACUUAUGAUAGCACAGUGGCAAAAGGCAGUGCGUCAGCACUGGUCACUCCUGAACAGAUCAAUAAUUUCCUAUCAAGCAUUAAUUUAUUGGAUCAGAUUGGCAUUGUUGAGUUAAACCAUAUCUUUGCCCAUAGCCAAAGAUUAAACAGUGAUGCUAUUGUUGCUUUUGUGAAAGCUCUUUGCAAGGUCUCAAUGACUGAGCUGCAGUCUCCAACAGAUCCUCGUAUAUUCUGCCUUACUAAAAUAGUAGAGAUUGCGCAUUACAAUAUGAAUCGCAUACGUCUGAGGAGCAAUGCUCCAGAAGUACGAGAGCUGAUUGUUAGGUGCGUCUCACAGAUGGUUCUGAGUCGGGUUAAUAACAUAAAGUCUGGGUGGAAGGGUGUUUUUAUGGUUUUUACUUCUGCCGCAGCUGAUGAUACAAGAAGUACCGUCCUAUUGGCAUUUGAGACGGUGGAAAAAAUUGUUCGAGAUUAUUUUCAUCACAUAACUGAAACAGAGACAACAACAUUUACUGAUUGUGUUACUUGUCUUAUUGCAUUUACAAGUAGUCAGUUUAACAGCGAUGCCAAUCUCAAUGCUAUUGCAUUUCUGCGAUUCUGUGCUGUUAAACUUGCUGAGGAAGGAUUUGCUUGUCAAGAUAGGGCUUUUGAACAACCCAGAAAUUCAGCCAUGGUGUGUGGUGGAAAUGCCACUGUGCAAAAAGAUGGUCAUAUUUCCCUCUGGGUGCCUCUCCUUGCAGGUUUAGCUAAAUUGACAACUGAUCCAAGACUGACUAUCAAGAAAGAACUUGGUAGAACAGCAUCCAUUGUUACAUUUUUUAUCAGAAGCCCCUACAAACAUUGUGCUACUAUUGGUGUAUCUGCAAUUAUGCGUUUAGCAGAGGGGGUUGGUAACAAACUUUCCAAGGAGGAAUGGAAAGAGAUAUUGAUCUUAUUUAGAGAAUCAGUGACGCACACCUUCAUCAUGUUCUCUAAAAUUGUAAGGAUGAUGCAAGAUAUUGAUAUCCCAGAUAGAAUUGAUUCUUAUUCAGAAACCGAGCAAUAUUUGGAUCACGAGAUGUAUGGUAAUGAUGAAGAGGAAGCGAAUAUGGAGACAACUUCUUAUGCUAUUGUCAAACUGAAGAAUCAUAUGGCCCUACUGCUCAUGGUGAUACAGAACAUUAUUAAAUUAUAUGAGGAGCAUAGCAAAUAUCUUCAUGCCGAGCAUAUUAGUAUUCUUUUGGAAAUGAUGUCAGCUAUUGCGACACAUUCAAGUGAAGUGAGCUCUGAAUCAUCCUUGCAGAUGAAAUUUCAUAAAGCAUGUUCCCUUUUGGAGGUAUCUGAGCCAGCAAUUGUUCAUUUUGAGAACGAAUCCUACCAGAGUUACCUCAAACUUCUUCAAGCUCUGCAACAUGACUAUCCAUCCUUGUCAGAAGAAAUGAACAUAGAGUCUCAAGUGCUUGAUACCUGUGAGCAAAUAUUGCGAACAUAUCUGAAGUGCACUGGACACAAACCAUAUGAUGAAACAUCUCAAAGAAAUCCAUCUUUACAUUGUGCAGUGCCGCUGAGCGCUGCUAAGAAAGAGGAAUUGGCUGCUAGGACUCCUCUGGUCCUUCAAGUGAUGAAAUUGCUGGGUAAUCUGGAGAGGGAUUCUUUUAGCAGAAUAUUACCCUGCUUUUUCCCAUUGUUGGUUGAUCUGAUCCGCUGUGAACAUAGCUCUGGAGAAGUUCAACACGCACUGUACAAUAUCUUCCAAUCAGCCAUUCUCCCCAUGAUACGAGUUGAAUAG